GAAAAAGAAAAAUGGCAGGAGUAUGGAUGUUCCAAAAUAAUGGGGUGAUAAGAUUGGUGGAGAACCCACAAACAGAGCAACAAGUAGUGAUGAGGGGAAGAAGGAAGGUUCUAGUGUUUCUGGCAACAGGACAAGUCAUAUCUUCCUAUAUUACUCUUGAAGCAAUUCUGAAAAGUCUUGGUCGGGAAAUAUACUUUGGAUCAGAUCAUGAACUUCACCAAUAUCAUAGGAAGAAUUCCAUUGAUUUGAUUUCACUUUCAAGGGACUUCUCCAAGUUUAGUUCUGUGUACAUGUAUGACAUUGUUGUUAAAAAUCCUAAUCUCUUUGAGUUCGCGACAUGGCUAAAUAUGGAGUCAUCCAGAGUAGUGAAACAUAAUUCGCUAUCUGCUUUUAUGGGGCAUUUCAUGCCUCAUAGAAAUAUUGUCUGUACUUUGGCAUGCAUGGCGCGCACUCCUCGUGAAGCUUCUUCUCAAUAG